AUGCCUUCUCCUACUCCAUGGAACCCCCUAGGGUGCCUGUUGCGAAAGGGGCAGGCUUGUUGUGCUCCAGGGGGCUGCUUGCAAGUCUCUAAAGAAUGCUUUCUUAGAGGCUCUCAGCGAUGGAUCGCGUCGCUCCCCAAGGCUCCCCCUGUGGGGAGACGGGAAAUAAAGAAGCUGCUACUCGCAGGGAGCAGAAGCAAAACGCCGCUGCUGUUGCUUCCCCCCCAAGUCCCCUUACACGAGCUACGCGUCUUUUUUCGGCUACCAUACAGCUCCGUCCAGCUCCUCUGCCGAGUUUCUCGCUGCCCUGCAACGAAAGUCUUGAGGUGGCAAGACACUCGGGGCCUUGCAUUUGAAGCAUCCAAUAAAAAAAAGGUCAUGGUUGACUUCUACAGGGCGGCUCAUGCAGCAAGGAGAUUCGGCCUGAGGGCCGUCAGAGUCGAUCCUGAACCUGAGUGGCAACAAGAACACCAAGCACAGCAGGCAGCGGUGCCUGUUGUAGCCCUUCUUGGGCAUAUCAAUCAUGGAAAGACGACGCUGCUCGACAGGCUGUCUGCCACCAGGAUCGCUCCUUUUGAGGCGGGGGGCAUCACGCAGCAGCUUCUUGGCGUUACUGUCAGAUACUCGCCAAACAGCAGCAGCAGCAGCGGCAGAGACAGCGCUAAUAGCGGACGAAGUGGUAGCGGUGGCAUUAGCGCGGCUGCGGAGAAAGAAGACGGGCGCUUGAUUUCGUUUAUAGAUACUCCUGGCCAUGCGGCAAUGAGCAGCAUGAGGGCACGAGCAGCAGCCGCGGCAGACGUGGCUCUGGUGGUCAUAGAAGCGGACAGAGGGAAGCAACAGCAAACUGCUGAAGCCAUUCGGCAGGCAGAUGCAUGCAAGCUUCCCGUUGUCUUUGCGCUGAACAAAAUCGACACGCUGCUGCUGGCCAAACCGUGCACCGACAGCAGCGCCAGCGAUAUCAGGGAGGCUCUGCUGCGGCUGCAGGCAGCAGAGGGCCGUCUAGAAGCGGAGACUGACCCCGCUGCUUUGGCUCCUUCCGCUUUCUCAGCAGCGGUCGAAGCCGAGAGGUCACCAGAGGACUUCGCUCUGCAGCAGUUGCUACUAAUCCGCAUGCAGCUGCGGCGGGAAUGUCAGCGCAUGGUCGAGAAUGGCGAGAUAGAAAGAGACCUCAGUGAAGAAGCCAUGCGGGCCGUGCCCAUUUCUGCGCUCUACGGCCACGGAAUAGAGGAUCUCAUCCGCCGCGUGUUGAAAGUCGCGGAGCCUUUGAAGCUGCCUCUCAGAAUUCCCGCGUCGCUCUGCACCACUCCGGGUUCUGCUACCAGAUACCAGCUUGUGACACGGCGAUCUGAUGCUCUGGUGGAAGCGCACUUGCCGCCUUCGGGUGUAGGGACCAUCUUGGAUAUACAGCAGUCGAAGGAUAGGGGCCUGGUUUACACGGUGCUCCUGAAGGUUGGCGCCCUCCUACCAGGGAACUACUUCGUGGCUGGCAGCGUGUACGGUCGAAUCUCGUCUGUGUGGCGCUACAGUUGCACUUUCAAGGGAGCGCCGUACACACCCGAGGCACUAAAGGAGGACCAAGGGGUCCCUGGAGUUCCCUUUCCGGUGGGGAGUGUGUUGCAGGUGGCGACGCAAAGAGAGAAGGGGGGUGAAGCUGCCAUAGAUGAUCUCAUACUCUGCCUCCCCCAGACCCGCGCGUACCGGCUGGCUGUCCACAGAAAGCGACUCGAGGAGCUCCAGCGGCAGCAGAUCGAUGGGCCACUGCUGGAGCUGCCUUGGGAGGUGGACCAUCCAAAGGAAGCUGGUAGCAGGUGGCAGCAGCUGCAGCAGCGGCAGAUACGAAGGCCAGUGUCUGAGGGGAGGAGGGCUAUUGAGGAGUUUGGAUUCGUAGACGACGACCCCAGUAGCAGCAAGGAGCCUCUCUUUACAGACGCAACCAGGGAAGAGUUUACGAGGCCCCUUCGAAGCGUUCCUUUUAAGGAAAGGUGCGCUGAAAACUCAGAACAAGGGGCCCACGCCUCUGAGGCGGCACUCGGUAGGAGUUGUGGCCAUAGGAAAGAAGAGCUCUUGGAUGAAAUGGAACUCUUAGGGAGGAGCGCAAAGGCACAGCAGCAGCAGCUCAAAUCCCGCUGUACAGUGAACCUCGACCCCAUUAUCGUUACUCCAGAGGAAGAUGGCUAUGAUGAAGAGGAGGAAGAGCCAACCUCUUCGCAAGAGGACUUGCAAAACGAGUCGAUAAACGAGGGCGAAGUCGAGAGAGGAGGAAACUCUGCAGACGCAGUGCAGCGUCCUCUGGGUCGGUCAUCACGUCGGCGCCAGGCUCUCCGAUUGCAAUCUCAGGACAGUCUUAGCCCUGGGGAAGCCGCAGAUAAUCCCGGAGCAGGCGAAGGGCUGGCAGUCGAGUCGCACCCCUUACAUCCGAAUGAGUCAAGGGAUGAGUGGGCUGAACGCGUUGUCAAGGAGAACGAACAGCUCAUGGGGAGGUGGCGAGCCAAGUCGAGGCAGCGGAAAGAGGCGUAUGCUGAGCAGCAACGUCUGAUGCGAGCUGCAGCUGUAGAGGCAGAGCAGCAACGACGAGCUGCGUUGCAAGAGGCGCCUCUUACGCCGGAAGAGAUGCGGCGCCUCAUUGAAGGGACGGAAGGGGAUGAGAACGAGGAGGGAUCGUAUAAAGAAAAGAGUGAACAGAAGACUUUUCCGGCCCCCCCUAAGGACGCACCGGUGGUGCCAGUCAUUCUGCGAACUCGUUAUGUUGGCAGUUUUGAUAUGCUGCUGGACGAGCUAGAAAAGAUAGAGACAGAGAUGGGGAUGCGGAUCCCUGUCGUCCACGGAGGCAUAGGGCCCAUAGCGCCUCGGGAUAUCGUUCAUGCCGAGGUGGAGAGGACGUAUGGCUAUUGCCCGGUCUAUGCUUUCCAGGUGUCAGUACUCCCUGACGCAAUCAAGCAGGCGGUCAUUAGUAAAGUGAUUAUCAAGAAGUUUGAUGUUUUCACGGACCUCCUCCAGGAUGUCCGAGAAAGAUGUAACAAUAUACGAAAACUACAGUAUCACAACCUCUAUGUUCGCAGUCUCAAAAAGCACCCCACUAUGUCGGGACUCUGA